AUGAACGAGGGGCCGCAGGAGCUCAAGCGCAUCGGCGAGACGCUGACCCGGUGCAUGGCUCUGCGUACCAAGUACAUGCAGCUGAGCAUGCAGCGCGAGGCUGACAACCCGCGCAACGCGGCCGCCUGGAUGAUCUACCCGCCGCCGCCGUCGCCCGCGUGGCGCAACUUCAACGAGCCGGCAGCCAGCGUCAAGGUCGAGUUUGAACUCGAUGCCUGCGCGGUCCCCGGGCCUGACAGCAGCGUGUUUGAGAUGGGCGACGACGGCGUGUACGCUGUGUACGAGUCUGAGGAGGCGCGGGGAUCGGGCGCAGAGCCAUUCACCAGCGCGCCGUCGAUUCGUGAGUUUUUCGUCGACCUCGAUUUUGUCAUCGACGCGAUCUCGGACGGGCCCAUCAAGACCUGGGCCUUCCGCCGCCUGCGCUACCUCGACGCCCGCUGGCAGCUCUACAUCUUGCUGAACGAGCGCGAGGAGACCAUGCAGUCCAAGAUGGUGCCGCAUCGUGACCUGUACAACGUGCGCAAGGUCGACGGGCACGUGCACCUGGCCAGCGCGAUGAACCAGAAGCACUUGCUGCGCUUCAUCAAGUACAAGCUGAAGACCGAGCCCGACAGGCCGGUCAUAGUGCGCGACGGCCAGACGCUGUCGCUGCGCCAGGUGUUUGAGUCGCUGAGCCUGACCGCCUACGACCUGUCCAUCGACACGCUGGACAUGCACGCCCAUAAGGGCGCCUACCACCGCUUCGACAAGUUCAACCUAAAGUACAACCCCAUCGGCGAGUCGCGUCUGCGCGAGAUCUUUAUGAAGUCCGACAACUUCAUUGACGGCGAGUACUUUGCGCAGAUCACCAAGGAGGUCAUCUCGGACCUCGAGCAGUCCAAGUACCAGAUGGCCGAGUACCGCAUCUCGAUCUACGGCCGCUCCGCCGACGAGUGGGACAAGCUGGCCGCCUGGGUCAUUGACCACAAGAUUAUAUCGAGCAACGUGCGCUGGCUUGUGCAGGUGCCGCGCCUGUACAACGUGUACAAGGCCGGCGGCCAUGUGGAAAACUUUGAGCAAGUGCUGGAAAACUUUUUCCGCCCGCUGUUCGAGGUCACCAAGGACCCGAGCUCGCACCCCAAGCUGCACAUCUUUUUGCAGCGCGUUGUGGGCUUUGACUCGGUUGACGACGAGUCCAAACAUGAGCGCCGGCUGCACAAAAAGUACCCUCUGCCACGCCUGUGGACCAGCAAAGACAAUCCGCCGUACACGUACUACUGCUACUUUACAAUGGCCAACAUGUGCACGCUCAACCAGUGGCGCUCGCGCCGCGGCUUCAAUACCUUUGUUUUCCGCCCGCACGCCGGCGAGGCCGGCGACACCGAGCACUUGGCUGCGGCCUUCCUCUCGGCGCAAGCCAUCAACCACGGAAUUUUGCUGCGCAAGGUCCCGGCUCUGCAGUACCUGUUCUACCUGCAGCAGAUUGGCCUGGCCAUGUCGCCUCUGUCCAACAACGCGCUGUUCUUGGUGUAUGAGCGCAACCCUUUCAACACAUAUUUCCAGCGUGGCCUUAAUGUGGCGCUCUCGACAGACGAUCCGCUGCAGUUCCAUUUCACUAAGGAGCCGCUGAUGGAGGAGUACUCUGUGGCUGCCCAGAUUUGGAAGUUCUCUAGUGUCGAUAUGUGCGAGCUAGCAAUGAACUCGGUCAUCCAGAGCGGCUUUGAGGCCGAGGUCAAGCGCCAUUGGAUUGGUCGCGAGUACUUGGAGACUGGUCAGACCGAGGUACAUAAGACCAAUGUCCCGCUGUGCCGCCUUAAAUACAGGUCGUCAACGCUCGAGCAGGAGCAUGCAAUUAUUGCCAAAAUGACAAGCACAGGCUCGGACUCAUAAUUGGAUGCAUUCAGCUAUUGUUUUUGCGGUUAUUUUAUACAA